CGUGCUCCCGUCAGCUGAUCAGCGAGCCGCUGCGGAAUUACCCAGCGUCGCUGCGAUAUUUUCAUUAAAUCAACGGCAAAACUACAAUGAAACGAUAAAACAGCGGCUCCGUAUCGCAGAAAACAUGUCAGGAAACAGUCUGGUUUUACCCAUCGUCCUGUGGAGCCGCAAUGCGCCCACUCACUGUAUCUCCAGCCUGCUGGUGAUGGAGGAUCUGGCAACCAUCAUCACCGGCAGCCAUGAUGGACAGAUCUGCAUCUGGGACAUGACCCCCGAGCUGGAGAUUAAUCCUCGUGCUCUGCUGUUUGGACACACCGCCUCCGUCACCUGUCUGUCCAAGGCCAGCGCUGGAAGUGAAAAACAGUACCUCGUCAGCGCCUCUGAAAGCGGGGAAAUGUGUUUAUGGGAUGUCAAUGACGGACGCUGCAUUGAGUUCACCAAACUGGCCUGUGCACACACUGGUAUACAGUUUUAUCAGUUCACCAUCGGCACACAGAGAGAGGGUCGUCUCUUGUGUCACGGACAUUACCCAGAAAUCCUGGUGAUGGACGCCACCAGUCUGGAGGUGCUUUAUUCGCUCGUGUCCAAGAUUUCACCAGACUGGAUCAGCUCUAUGAGCAUCAUCCGCUCGCACCGCACACAAGAGGACACAGUGGUGGCGGUUUCAGUCACUGGUAUCCUGAAGGUGUGGAUCAUCACCGCUGACGUCAGCAGAAUGCAGGAUAUGGACCCAGUGUUUGAGGAAGAGUCGAAGCCGAUCUACUGUCAGGGCUGUCAGAGCAUCUCCUUCUGCACCUUCACUCAGCUCUCACUCCUGGUGGUGUGCUCCAAAUACUGGAGGGUGUUUGAUGCGGGGGAUUUCUCUCUGCUGUGUUCGGUGUCGAGUGAGAAUAAUCAGUCGUGGGCUGGAGGAGAAUUCAUCGCCGCUGAUAAAGUCAUCAUCUGGACUGAAGACGGCUGCAGCUACAUUUACAAGCUACCGGCCAGCUGUCUGCCAGCGAGCGAACACUUCCGCAGUAAUGUGGGAAAAAAGACUGAAGGUUCAAUCCCUCCUCUGGUGUACAGUAUAGCGGACCAAGCAGACAAACAGCUCCUCAUCUGUCCGCCGGUCACACGCUUCUUCUUCGGCCGCAGAGAGCCGUUUCACAAGCUGCUGAUGCAGGGAGAUUCUGCCGGACGACUGACGGUGUGGAGCAUCCCAGAUGGAUCACCACCGAUACAGCAGCUCACCUCAGCUACAGAGCUGCAGGUGUCAGUGAGCAUCAGUCUUCAGGAGGCCUUUGAUAAACUCCUGCCAGCUCCAGCGGGUAUCAUUGACCAGCUCAGUGUCCUGCCCGGCUCUAAUGAGCCCAUUAAAGUGACGGCGAGCGUCUACAUCCCGUCCCAGGGCAGACUGGUGUGCGGACGAGAGGACGGCAGCAUCAUACUGGUUCCUGCCACACAGACGGCCAUCGUCCAGCUGCUGCAGGGCGAACACAUGUUGCGCCGCGGUUGGCCACCUCACCGCACGCUGCGCGGCCACAGGCACAAGGUGACGUGUCUGCUGUAUCCGCAUCAGGUUUCUCCACGCUACGAUCAGCGCUCCCUGGUGUCUGGAGGAGUGGACUUCUCCGUCAUUAUCUGGGACAUCUUCACCGGCGAGAUGAAGCACAUCUUCUGUGUUCACGGAGGAGAAAUCACUCAGCUCAUCGUUCCUCCAGAGAACUGCAGCACACGUGUGCAGCACUGUGUGUGUUCAGUAGCCAGUGAUCACUCUGUGGGUCUGCUGAGUCUGCGAGAGCGCAAGUGCAUCAUGUUGGCGUCCAGACACCUCUUCCCCAUCCAGGUCAUCAAGUGGAGACCCUGCGACGACUACUUGGUGGUUGGCUGUUCGGACGGAUCCGUCUACGUCUGGCAGAUGGAUACAGGAGCGCUGGAUCGCUGUGUGAUGGGAAUCACAGCAGUGGAGAUCCUGAAUGCGUGUGAUGAGCUGGUGCCGGCGGCUCUAGACUCCCUCAAUCACCCCGCAGUGAACCUGAAGCAGGCCAUGACCCGGCGCAGUCUUGCCGCACUCAAGAACAUGGCACAACACAAACUGCAGACGCUCGCGACAAACCUGCUGGCGGCCGACAACGCAGACAAGGGUAACCUUCCCAAAUACUCGCACAAUUCUCUGGUGGUGCAGGCGAUGAAGACGAACGUGACUGAUCCAGACAUGCACGUGCUGUUCUUUGACGUGGAGGCGGUGAUCAUCCAGUUACUGACGGAGGAGGCGCAGAGACCCAAUCCCACACUCGUCUCUCCUGAAACCCUGCAGAAAACACCCGGCGGAGCUGAUAAAGGCGGAUCUUUCCUGGCCAAUAAGAUCUUCAAACAGGUGAAGGAGACAAUUAAAGAGAACAUCAAGGAGCACCUGCUGGAUGAAGACGAGGAUGAGGAGGAGGAGCAGCGGCGGCGCGAGGAGAAGUCCAAAUCUCUGAGUCUGCUAGAGUACAACCUGACCAUGGACACGGCCAAACUCUUCAUGUCAUGUCUGCACGCCUGGGGCCUGAACGCGGAGCUGGACGAGGUGUGUGUGAGCCGGCUGGGGAUGCUCAGGCCACACACCCCCAUCUCCUUCGGGCUGAUUUCGCGCGGCGGACACAUGUCGCUGAUGCUGCCCACGUUUAAGGACUCUCUGCUGCGGGCGCUGGCUCUGGCGCAGGGGGCCGCCGAGGGCCGGAAGCUCUCCGUGUCGGAGGUGGUGGGCAAGGGGACGUACGGCGUGUCCAGAGCCGUGACCACACAACACCUGCUGUCUGUCAUCUCUCUGGCCAACACACUGAUGGGCAUGACCAACGCCACAUUCAUCGGGGAGCACAUGAAGAAGGCGCCCGCCAGACCCCCAAGACCAGGAACCCCCGAGACGCAGAGGAAGAGCAGCACACAGACCUCCAGCCCGGCCCUGCAGGGACAGAUCAAACAAGGAUGGAGUCAGCUGGCCGCUAUGCACUGUGUGAUGCUCCCGGAUCUGCUGGGUUUGGAUAAGUUCAGACCUCCUCUGCUGGAGAUGCUGGCGCGCAGAUGGCAGGACCGCUGCCUGGAGGUUCGAGAGGCGGCUCAGGCUCUCCUGUUGGCUGAACUGAGGCGUGUGGGUCAGUCGGGCAGAAAGGACACCAUUGACCUGUGGGCUCCGUAUCUGCCGCAGUAUGUGGACACGGUCAGCUCUCCUGGGACCGCCCCUGAGGCCGCCCCUCAGGUCCCACCCCCUGUUGAAGCUCCGCCCACAGAGACCAAAGUCCCAGAGGAGGAGAUGGACGUGACGGAUGAUGACAUCACAGCAGGUAAAGCACUGACGUUUCUCCUGCUGCAGCCGCCGAGUCCGAAGCUUCCUCCUCACAGCACCAUCCGCCGCACCGCCAUCGAUCUGAUCGGCCGUGGCUUCACCGUGUGGGAGCCGUACAUGGACGUGUCUGCGGUGCUCAUGGGGCUGCUGGAGCUCUGCGCCGACGCUGAGAAACAGCUCUCUAAGAUCUGCAGCCGUAAGAGGAAACCUUCACCUCUGGUUAUGAACCCGCUCGUCCUGCGCUCGCGUUAUUAA